CAAGGUAGGCCUCCGGGGGGCCUUUAUGCCGACAGCGCUGCUCGGGGUGGCUGAGCCCCCGUGGGCUACCGGGCUACCUGCGGUGGCUCAGCCACCCCGAGCAGCACGGUGAAACUCCUGCGAAUCCGCGCGGCAGCACGGGUUAAACACGUCCCGCGGGACUCAACGGCCCGUCCCCGCCUCUGGGCGCGACUUCGACAGCUUUGACCCCGCCCUGGCCGCGCCCCCGAAGAAGUUCCCUCUGGCGGCGGCGGACGGUGGCCGGGAGGGUCCGUUUCGCGCUCUCCCAUGGCGGAGCGGGAGGAUGUCGCUUGUGUUGGGGCUGCUGUCGCACACGCUGAGCAGAGUGCUGUGGUACUCCGGGCUGCGUAGGGGCUGCCAUGCUCCCCGGAGCCAGGCCAUGGAGCAGGACAAGGCGCUCGAGGUUUACGAUAUAAUCCGUACUAUCCGGGACCCGGAGAAACCUAAUACUUUAGAAGAACUGGAAGUGGUAACGGAAAGCUGUGUUGAAGUGCAAGAGAUAGGUGAAGAUGAAUAUCUGGUUAUCAUCAGGUUUACACCAACAGUACCUCAUUGCUCUUUGGCUACUCUCAUUGGCCUUUGUUUAAGAAUAAAACUUCAGAGAUGUUUGCCUUUUAGACAUAAGCUGGAAAUCUACAUAUCUGAAGGUACACAUUCCACUGAAGAAGACAUCAACAAACAAAUCAAUGACAAAGAGAGAGUAGCAGCUGCGAUGGAGAAUCCAAACUUGCGGGAAAUCGUGGAACAGUGCGUUACAGAGCCUGACUAGUAGCUAUAAUACCCACAGAGUAUUUGAUACAUUUCUUAAACUAUUUUUGUUUAAAAGAAAAAAGAAAAUAAUAAUAAUCAAGGCCUUGAGUUUAAUACUUGAGUUCUUUUUAUCUUCCACAUGUUUUUUAAGAGAAAUUGUUUAUAAGAUAGAUUUAAAUUAUGAUGAAUUAGUCUCUAAAAUAACGUGAAGUGUAUAGUGUUAAGAGUUUGUAAUUUCUGGUGUCCAGAGAAAUAUUUUAUGAUUAAAACCAAAACAACCCAUAUGUAUUGCCUUCUGAUAGACAUUGUGAUAUAAAUUCAGUUUUGCAAGUUAAAUUUCUACAUUAUUUCAAUCACUGCACUGUAAAAAUAAAACAGAUUCUUAUACUGAAAUGCUGCUUUCUGAGUUCAGAAAUUUUCAUUGUUUUUUCUUCCUUU